GAAUACGCAAAGAUGAAGAAUGCCGAGUUGGAGGCGCUUCUUAAGACGCGCGGCCUUCCGACAGGCGGUAAGAAGGCCGACAUGGUGGACCGGCUUGCCAAGGACGACGAGAAGAAGGCUUCUCAGUCGAGCGCUGCGGCUGCUGCCGCUCCCGCCAAAGACUCAGCUCAACUUGAGGACGAGAUCGACUGGGAUGAUGAUGAAGCUCCCGCUCCGGCUCCUGCGAAGCCCGCCGAGCCAGAACCGGAGACUGUCGACAAAGCCGGAGGUGUCGGCCAAAUUGACAAUCCCCAGGCGGUACCCAACCAGGUUGCCGACGUGGAUCCCUCCAAGACUGCUGAUCUAUCCGUGAAGAGCCCGUCGAAGGAAGCCACCGAGUCAACCCAGAAGGAGGAAGAAAAGAAGGAGCCACCGCCCAGUUAUGCUCGUGGUCUUGCCGCAUCCACCAUAGAUGAGGAGAUUGAGAAGCGGAAGAGGCGAGCAGCCAAGUUUGGACUCAAGAUUGAAGACGACGAAGGUCUCAAGAAGCUGGAGCGGGCGAAGAAGUUUGGCGAGACUGGACCGCCAAAAGGGCUGGACGAGGCGCUCCCUGAGCGGACCUCACGAAAGCGCGGACGCGAAGGCAAUGAUCAGGGUGGCCGGGGACGGAAAGAGCGUCGGGGGGAUCGA